CCCCUAUUGCCUAGGAAUUGACGUGGCAUGUGCAACGAACUCUCCUUCCACGUCCGCCAUUUUGUGUUGUCUCAGUGCUGUCAAACCACGCGACCGGGCGACAUUGUAUUGUUCACUUACUGUAUGAUCGCCUUUAAGACACAGACAUUACUAGGGAGCUGAUACUCUUUACAGGAACAGACAGCACUACAACCAUACCAAAAAGUAAAAACAACACAUCGACCUAAACAUGGGCAAUAUGUUUGCAAAGGCAUUUGCAAGUUUAUUUGGUAAAAAAGAGAUGAGGAUAUUGAUGGUGGGGUUGGAUGCUGCUGGUAAAACUACAAUCCUUUAUAAACUGAAGCUUGGAGAAAUUGUGACAACCAUCCCGACUAUAGGUUUCAAUGUUGAGACUGUAGAAUACAAAAACAUUAGUUUUACUGUGUGGGAUGUUGGUGGUCAGGACAAGAUCAGACCAUUGUGGAGGCAUUACUUCCUAAAUACACAAGGUCUGAUAUUUGUGGUAGACAGCAAUGACAGGGAACGUUCACAGGAAGCUAGAGAUGAGUUAGCUAGAAUGCUGAAUGAGGAUGAGCUGAGGGAAGCAGUACUUUUAGUGUUUGCCAACAAACAGGAUUUGCCAAAUGCCAUGAAUGCAGCAGAGCUCACUGAUAAACUUGGACUCCACGCCCUGAGGAACAGAACCUGGUACAUUCAAGCAACAUGCGCCACAAGCGGUGACGGGCUUUAUGAGGGACUAGACUGGUUAUCCAAUCAACUCAAGAAUACAAAAUAAACCAUUGACAGGGAUGUGUAAUACUGUUUUGUUAGAAUAUGUAUUACUACUUCGUUAGAAUGUGUAAUACUUUUUGGGAAGUGUGUGUUGUUGAAGGACUUCCAACAGGGAAUGAAAAGUCUCAUAAUUUCAUAAUUUUCAAGCAGUUUUCUCAAAAAUUCAACUUUUGUUAGACCAUCAUAAUUUAAGUGUUUUGUGCAGAAUUGGUUUUUCCUGCUGUAAAUUUAGGUAUAAAUACUGCCGCUGGCCUCAAAUGUCAAAUUUGUCGUCUGUUUGGGAAAAGUUGUCUAGAGAAACCAACAAAACUAAUUGUGUCUUAUUCUGGCAACCAAGAAGUGAGACAACUUGUACGAUUCUUUUAAUAAUGUUAUUCACUUUCGGGACAUUCUUUUGAUGAUAGCAGAAACACUUACAUUUUGUUUGGGUUAUGAAGAAUUUCGAAAGGCAGUUGAGCUCCAUGUUUAAUAUGAGAUUUUCUUUUCAUUUUUACCUGUUUAACCGAGAUUGUUCAGCUCGGAGAUCUUAUAAGAAAUACAUGUACACUGUCUAGGUCUUACAAACAAUUGUGUGUGUCAGAUUUUCGUAUUGAAUGUGGCUUUCUAUGAUAUGUAUAUAUUAUAAUUGAAAUCCUGUAUUGUCCUUGCUGUCGUGUUGUGGAUGUGAGAGUGCAGUGUACUGUAUGUGAGAAGGUGGUCGUCAGUCUAGGUGUUGGGAUUGCAUGGGUUGUGAACUGUCUUCAACUGUUAACAUAGUGCAGGCAAACCUUGUCAUGAUCAGUCUCAUUUCAGAAGAAAAAAUAUCUGGAUAAUACCUUCCAGACAUUUUGAUAUAAAAUCAUUAUCCAAGAAAAUCAAAUGUAUAUAAACUAUUCAAGCAAGAUGCUAUUUGUUCUCCAAUUCUUUUAGUAAAUAGGUAUUGUGUAUCCAUGUCGAGGCCUCCUGAAAGCACUGGCCACAUUUUUGUGGAAUUCUCUAUUUGAACUUUUCCUUAAAAAAACAAUGAAAUGUUUUAAAGCUGCUUUGAUUUCAUUUGCUGCUAACGUGACUACCAAAUUUUACUGGUCUAUGGAAAUUCAAGAAAAGUCUCUUCCAGGGUGUUUGUAAGUUUGUUUGAGCAAGAACAUAGGUGACAGGUUUCAGAUUGUAUAUAUCGUGAUGUUGUAAUCUUACUUAUAGUAGCAGUUAAAAUCUAGCACCAAGGACUGAACAGGGUGUUGGCACAGUCGUGAAUUUGCACGCCAGAAAUAAACUUCCAAUAAGAAAUAUGUCUUUACGUGGCAGUCUCCGAAUUAUUGAAUGACGUGGAACCAUUUUUAUCUGGAUGUGUCAAGUACAAGUUAAGUCCUAUAGACAAGGAAAUGUGUACCAGGUACAUCUUCAAGUUUUUGAUUGCACACUUCCUUUACAUAUAUUUCACAACUGUUCAGAAUGUUUGAACUGUAUGUAGGAAGGUUUGCAAUUCAAAAUGUCGGUGCAAAAGUGCUAAAUAAGAACACUGCCAAAAUAUGUAUGUUUACAUUAUAAGUAUGAUUCCUUUAUGUAGAACCUUUCUGUCCAAAUUAGAUCUGGGAUGUUUUCCUCCAGUCGAUCAGAGCUGACCACAUUUUGAUCUCUGGUUCCUUUAUGAUAUUUCUGAGAGUAUCAUAAUGCAAUUUAAGAUCAAAAUUAGCAGAUUCUAGAUGAAAUAUUUUUGUACAAAAGGAAAAAUAAAACAAUUGUGGAAUUGAAUUAUUUCCACUUUCCAGUCUUGUGUUCAUCACCCAGACGAUGUACCUCAUUCCAUGACUUACAAAGGACCAAUUUUGAUCAGUCUGACCUCGUAAGGGAGAGCACCCAGAUUUAUGUGAGAAUGACUUGAAUACAAGGCGCUAUGAUAUAUAGCCAGUGUGUAUGCUUGGAAUUUAAAACGAAGAAAUGAUCAUGCAGGAUAUGGUAUGAUGUAUUGUAUUUUCACUAUGUUGAAAUUAAUUCUGAUUUUCUUGUACAUUUUAUCAGCUUUUAUUUUAUCAUACCCUAAUUGUCUUUGUAUGUAUUUCUAACUUAUAUUAAAUAGAAUUUGAAUUUAUCAAAAGUCCUGAACAUCUUACCAAACAGAUUUCUUGAACAAAUGAACAGUAGCUGAACGCACUACCUGUUGAUGUAGUAACAUACUGUCUAGACCGACUACCUGUUGAUGUCGUAACAUACUGUCUAGACCAUCACACUGAGCUGAGAUUUGUGGUCACAUGAUAUAAGUAUGUUCAUCGCUAUCCUUCUCCAUGUCAUCUUUAAAAUAUCGCGUAACUGAACUGUCAUAAUGUGUAAUAUUAUGUGUCAGUUUUGGUCCCGGUGAAAACACAGGUUGUCUGAGAGGGCCAACUCAGUUACCAGAUUUUUUUGGUGAAAAUAAUGAAGUUGUAAAGAAAUAAUAAACAUCACAUGAUCAAAACCUG